CGCAAGUCAUGUGUUUAAAUCUAUACAUAACUAAGGUUGCGGUAUAUUUCCGACGUAGUGGUUGUGCAGGAAAAUUGAGGGUUUCAAUAAGAAAAAAUGCAGCAGCCACAACAGAAUCAUCCCACUGAUGAUGGCAUUCCAACAUUUAAAUGUGUACUAGUAGGAGAUGGUGGAACAGGAAAAACCACAUUUGUAAAACGGCAUCUCACUGGUGAAUUUGAGAAGAAAUAUGUUGCCACCCUUGGUGUUGAAGUUCAUCCCUUAGUUUUCCAUACCAACCGUGGGCCAAUUAGGUUUAAUGUGUGGGACACAGCGGGUCAGGAAAAGUUUGGCGGCCUACGUGAUGGUUACUACAUUCAAGGUCAGUGUGCAAUCAUCAUGUUUGAUGUCACGUCUCGAGUCACGUACAAAAAUGUUCCCAACUGGCAUCGAGAUUUGGUUAGAGUGUGUGAAAAUAUUCCCAUAGUUCUAUGUGGGAAUAAAGUAGACAUCAAAGACAGGAAGGUGAAAGCUAAAUCCAUUGUGUUUCACAGAAAAAAGAAUCUGCAGUACUAUGACAUUAGUGCUAAGAGCAAUUACAACUUUGAGAGACCAUUCCUGUGGUUAGCAAGAAAACUGAUCGGUGAUCCCAAUCUUGAGUUUGUGGCGAUGCCAGCCCUUGCUCCUCCAGAAGUUUCUAUGGAUCCAGAAUGGCAGGCCAAGCUUGAAAAAGAUAUGAAGGAGGCCCAGAAUACUUCAUUGCCAGAUGAUGAUGAUGAUGACCUUUAAAAAACUUUUAGUCUAGUAGAAGGAAUAAACAAUUGGUUUCAACUGCUCUGCUAUAACAAAACAUUUACCAAAAGAAAGAUGUGUAAAACUGUUCUAAAGAACCUAUUGGUUUAUACAGUUUAAUAACGUUACUCUUUCUUUUCAUCAGCAUUUGGUUUAUUUUUUUAUGCCAAUGAUACAAUUUUAUUUCUUGUCAGUUUCUCUUGUUCAAAUGAGUGUGUAUGAUGUAUUACACGUGUUAAGAAAAUAACCCAUUUUCAAAUAUAAGUCUUGUGAGUAAUUGAAGUUAUUCUGUUGUUAAUGUGUGCUUUGGUUAGCUAGUGUGUAUUUUUAAUUCAUACAACUACAAUUUGUCAAAAUAGGAUUUUUUAACCUCUUGUAAUUUUGUGCUCCUGAAACAUAAUUGUUACUUAAUUGCAUAAAGCAUCUUCCCUGCAGGGUUUGUUUUUAAGAUUUAAAGUAUAAUACCUGCACUACAAAUUUAUUACAGGAAUAUUCCCUUCAGUUCUGAUUUUUCACUAUGAUCAAGAUCUGUCACUGAAGAUUAUUAACCUAUCUAUUGUCAGUUAAGUAAAACUUGGUUUUAUGAUACUGAUUACUAAGAACAACAGAAAGCAGCAGUUGUAUUAAUUAGAUAAUAAGAAUAUUGGAUAGUUUGGGCUCUAUGCAUUAAGGUUUUAGAGGUCAUUAGCUCAGCAUCAUGAAUAGUAUGUGGUUUGUGGAUUACUGAUGUUUAUGUAGUUCUGCAAAGAGAUUCUUGAUUGAACACUUCUAUUAUUCAUUAUUCAAAUUAAGCUUGGGGUUUAAUCUAAUGAAUUAGAUUUGUAGCUGUAACAAGACCUUGCUGUUUUUUUUUGUAAUCAACUAUAAUUAUCCUGGUAGCAUUUUUGGUUAUUUCAAAAUCCUGUGAAAAAGGAGACAUUUUGUUAUUUUCAAUAAAUCAGUAAUGAAUUGUAGUUGUUCGUGGAUAUUACUGUAAUUAUAAAGUAAUAUUUAAAAAUAUACUCUAGUAAUAUCUCCUUUGUAGCCUUAAAAUUUAUAUUUAACACCCAGUUUUUGUUUGACUGCUGCAUUUUAUUUGUAUUCAAUCAAAUCUCCAAUCUCUGUCAGUGGUAAAUAUUUAAGACUUAGUGAUAAGUAUUAGAAGCUGAAACAAAAUUAAAAUUAUGAAACAUUUUCUCCCUUGGGUGAAGAUAUUGAAAAUCUUUAGAUCCAAGAUUUGUAAUUAAUAGAGAGACUAAUAAAAAAAAGAGAAAAAAAAAGUUAUUUUUGAAAAGAA